AUUGGCUGCAUAUUCAACAUCGUCAGCAAUAUCCUCAGCGGGUUAGCAGGUUUCCCGGCAGCAUGGGGCGCGGUGGCUGUCAAUGUUGUUGGUUUGCUCAUUACUGUCAUGCUGUUGGUCGGCAUUCAGAAGAACAACCGAAGCCUGGUCAUGGCCUGGGUCUGGAUCAACGCCAUCCUCAUGGUCAUCAACAUCGGCCUUUCUAUCGCUAUCAUGGCCCUGGGAGCGAUCGCCGUCGGAGUGGUCGCCCUCAUCUUCUGCGCUCUCUCUAUCUACUUCAUCGUCGUUGUCUAUUCGUUCGCGAUGGUGGAUCUCCAAGGCGUCGGGAACAUGGCUUGAGGCGACCGGGAGGAAGGGAAGAUGAAGGCAACAGCACCUGCACGACUUCAGUAAUUCUGGAUGUGGAAGAGAUGGGCGCGCAAAGAUGUAGUUGUUUGUUACUGAUGAGUGCUAGUGCGUUGGAAAUUCGUUUUUUUUUUCUUGAUACUUGUAAUUAUCAUUGUUAUGUAUGUAGAAUUAAGAAUGUAUGGUACAAUGACUUUUUUAAUAUUUUGGCUAUAAUAAAUAGUUUGGACUGAAAAGUUGUAGAGAGAAGAAUAACUUUAAGGUGAACUACCAUUUCUGGAGGAAAUAAUGUUGUUUCCAACUUAUCCGAAUACAAAUUUAUACUUCGGAUGAAAUAAUAUAUCUCUUGUAUUCAUGUUAAGUAGAAAUAAUUACUAGGAAUGAAGUACGUCAUGGAAGGGCAAGGAAAGAGGUAGACUGAGGAAGCUAUGAAUAUUUGCUUUAGAAAUAAGAUGAAGGUUUGAAGAAAUUUAGUACAAAGAAAGGAUCAAACGACAGAGAAAACGAAGACAAAAACUGAUUAUGAAUACUUCGGCAUUUUGAUGUUUUCUUAAGCCCGUGUGAGUUAAAAGCUUUUACACUGAAUUCAGACUGAAACGAUACUGCAUCUCUGACAUGAUAUGGAAUGGUAAGAUUAUCUUUUUUUAUAAGUGAUUAUUCCAAUAAAUACGACAUUCAAAUCUGAAUGGCAACUUUUUUUCUCUUUUUUUGUCAUUCCUACAAGAACAUAUCUGAAAUAUUCCAUUUCUGGGAAAGAGGUGUUUUCUUGACUGUAAACUAUUAUAAAAUUAUUUUCUACUAGAAAACUAAAAGGAUUUUUUUGUAAGGCAUAAUGAUUCAGUAGAUUUUUAAUAAACUGAAUUGAUGUAACAUGUUUCAAAUUCGUACGUAAAUUCAUGUAUUUUGACUGCAUAUUAAUACAUGUGUAUUUGUCUGUAUAUAUAUGUGCAUGUGUGUGUGUAUGUGUGUGUGUAUGUGUAUGUGUGUGUGUGUGUGUGUGUGUGUGUGUGUGUGUGUGUGUGUGUGUGUGUGUGUGUGUGUGUGUGUGUGUGUGUGUGUGUGUGUGCAGUUGCGGAAUUAUAUUUCAGUACACUUGCUGGAUCCCACCUUCGUACAUCUGGCAACCAACCAAUGUAAAUAUAGAGUACAUAGUAUCUUCAUGAAUGAAGUGAAAACCUUAGGUUAUUUGUAAGAAAGACUGUGGUUUGUAGAAUAUAAAUAACCACUGUGUAUAAACACCCAUUUUUGGGAGCAACGUAAGA